AUGGAGCAGGACAGGGAACAGCACGAGAUAAAGAUGGGAUGUUGCUUCCCUGUGCCUCAGGGGAGAAGCGUAAGUAUUGCGGAGAAGACUAAUUACCUACUAUUUAUGAUUAAUGCCUUUCAGAGCUUGGAAGAUGAGAUAGUGAGUAAAAAAAUUUUGAAACUUGCAAGUCUGCAGUGCUGGCAUAGUCUAUCAUAUGGUCGUUUUCAGAUGGAGCUUUGUCUUAAUCCAGAUCUGAUUAAGAAAUGGAAAAGGAGAACAAAAAGAGCAAAAAGAGAGGAACCUUUGGAUCCCUCCACCGCCCUGGAAGUGAACUUCUUGCGAAAUCUGAUUGAAGAGUUUCUGGAGGUACUUGAUUCCGAGGUUUUCCGUCAAAAACAGCAUCAGAAUGAUGAUGAACUUGUUUAUGAAAAUAAUUCUGAACUACUCGAUGAUGCCUCUGUCCUGUAUUGCGAGAGGUUUAUGGAAUUUCUAAUUGAUCUCCUGAGUCAGCUACCAACAAGGAGGUAUCAUUGUACCCUGCUUUGUUUUCCCAUUUAG